AGUUGUUAGGAAGUCUUUCACUUUUAGCAUUUUCUCUCCUUCACACGACACCAACGUCAACGUACGAAAUAAAAUAAGUAAACUCUGUCUCGGGGUGUGUUUACUCCAAAAUACAAAGCUUUGGGUAAAGAAAACAAAUAACACAAAAGUCUAGGGGUUGCAGAAGAAAACAUUUGGAAAGUUGCACAUUAGGGAUCAGGGAACGGAGGUUUCACCGCCGGGUGGUGAGCAAUCGUAAGAUGCCAAGGCGAGAGGAAAAGCGACGAAAGUUACACGAAGCUCUUCUUGAAACACUGUAUCCUCCUUCAUCGCCUUCGUCUCCUUCCUCUUCUCCGUCUCCGGUUGGGUUUGAUGACGAACCGUUCGAUGUAACACUCAUAAACCCAGAGGAUUACGUGAAGAUCGAUUCAUCAAAUCACGGCGACGACGAUGAAAACGGAGACGAGUCAGAGACUAAACCGAGUCGAGCGCAGAGGAAGAGGAUAAGAAUGAAGAUGCUCAAAGAGGAAGCUGCUCGACGGAGGAAAGUCAUCGGACCUCUGCUUCCGACGGAAAUGAUUGAGACGCGUGAAGACAGCAACGGUGGAGAAGAGGCGAGUUGCGUGCAACCUGCUCGACUAAAUGCCUCAGAGAAAGAAGAGAAAGUGAGCUUUGAGGGAAAUGAUAAGACGAAAAGAGUCAAGAAGAGGAGAGAGGCAAAGAAACUUGCCAAAGAGAGUUCUAACCCAACUCAUAUCCAGGAUCCAACCUCUGAAACUUCUUGAUUAGAGUGAAAAAUAUAAACGGGAUCCUUAUGUAAUUUCAUCAAAAACACAAGGGUAAUUACGUUUAGCCCUUAACAGAGUUGCUUCAAAUUACAUUGAAUUGGCCAUCGCA